AUGUGCGAUACACUUCACUCGCGUUUUCAAUUCAUCGCAAAAUUGGGUGCGGGGACGUACGGAGUUGUCUACAAAGUCAGGGACACGCAGAAAAACAGGAUCGUCGCGAUUAAAAAGUUUAACCUUGAAAAUUUGGAUGGGGACGGGAUCACUUCAUUGGGGUUACGAGAGGUCUACAUCAGCUCGACACUUCGACACAAAAAUAUCAAUCAAAUCUUGGGAGUCUAUUCGACAACAAAUGAACUGUCUACAGUCAUGGAAUACUGCGACGGAUCGCUACGACAGUUAAUAGGCAAUCCAAGAUUUGUGAACAUCCGUAUCAUUCGCUACCUUUUUAAGCAGAUUUUGACGGCACUAUUGUAUUGCCACGAGCACCGAGUGUUCCAUCGAGAUCUGAAGCCGGAGAACAUAUUUGUUUUAAAAGAUCUGACCGUCAAACUUGGCGACUUUGGUAUGGCUCGCAUGAUGGGAGACUCUUGUUUCAGAGGAUACACUGCAGAAUGUAUUUGCGACGCGUACGCACCGCCCGAGAUGCUUGGAAUCUAUGACAACGAAACGACCCUUUAUAAACCAAACUAUAGUGAAAAGGUCGACAUCUGGGCGGUCGGUGUGAUGUUCAGUGAGAUGAUGGGGAGCACCGUGAACAUUCAAAAGUUACGGAUGUUCCCACAUAAAUUCCAAUUGAUAGAGGUCUUUCCUCUUCUUAUCAACGAGGAAGACUUCAGCAUGGCAACUGGAAUGCUUCAAAUGGAUCCACGACAGAGAUCAUCAGCAAAGAGAGUGUUACAGUCCAAUUUCUUCUUACAAGAAGAGGCGUGCCCGCUCUAA